CGCAACAACGCAUCCUUUUUGUCGUGCGGGGGAUACUACGGGAGGACUCCUCAGUUAUCCCGGCAGUCUCAGCGGCCUGCGCCCGGGGGUUGUUGGGAACGAGGCUGAGAAGGAGGUGAAGGGUCAGCGGUGUCGAUCAGCGGCUGGAAACGGGGUUUUAAAGAAGAAAAUUGAAAGUGAAGGACGCGGUAGCGGACUGAGAGUCGGAGGUAGCCGGCGGAGAGGGUUAUACGUAAGCAGUCCUGUUCAAGGUGUCUGAAAAAAAUCAGUAGAACAAACCUUUUAACCAGUUUCCUUUAAGAUCACCUGCAUUUAGUGAAAUUUGCACUUCAUAUCUCUGAAAAACAUCAUUGGCUUCUCAGAACCAAGUUUAGGCUUUAACUUUCAAAAUAUCGUCGAAAAUGGCUAGUACAAAUAGCAUAGCGCAAGCGAAAAGGGCAGUUCGACAGCUUAAAGUAGAAGCUAGUAUUGACAGGAUAAAGGUUUCAAAGGCUUCAGCAGAUCUUGUCCGCUACUGUGAGGAACAUGCCAAAAGUGACCCUCUGCUCAUGGGCAUUCCAACUUCAGAAAACCCCUUUAAGGAUAAGAAGCCUUGCAUUAUAUUAUAGUUAUAGAUCACCUUUGUGCUUUUCUUUUUAAACUGACCAAUAUUAGAAUAGGUGAUGCGAUUUUAAUACCCUCUGGUAUUCACAUACAAUCCAAAUUCAUGUUUCUUCCCAUGUUGGGUUUUUUAUUUUUCUCUUCACCUCCCUGUUUUCUCUUCCUGUGUCCCACCCUCCUUCCAAAAAACCCAUCAAAUUAGAUUAGAGUUGGGAACAACAUACGAAUUCAGACCAAAAAGAUGUUAAAAAUGUUUUUUGUGCCAGGAAAAAAAAUGAAGUUCGAAUGUACUGAAUAACACUUGUAUUAUGCCUUUAUAUUUACAUAGUUUCCUGUGUUAUUGCAAAAGUGUGAAAUUUUUAAACUUACAUAUAUGUUAUAAAUGCUAAACUUAGACCAUUGUCCUGAUUGUUAACCUUUUAAUGCUUUUUUCCAAUGGACCUGAAAUUGCCACAUUGGACUAGUCGUUGAACCAAAUGCUACAAUGCAGUUUACCACAAAGUCUUGAGUUGACCCCAACGUCCUGCCUGCCUGUGCUGUUGUUUAUUAUUUCCCCAUUGAUUCACCUAUAUCUAUCUGUUGAGAAAGUCCGGCGAAGUAGGGAAAGUCGCUGUUUCCCCAUUCAUUAGAACUUUAACACUGUCCCUCUACAACUUUGAAAUUACGCAUGUAUCCACGCACUUAAGUUUUAAUAAUGCGACUUCAAUCCUGCUGAAGUUCGGAGAGCUGGAUGCACAAAAAUGCCUCGUGAAAGUCUUGAUGUAGAAGAUCUGUGAAGUUUGUUAGCUUUAAACUAUAUCUGCACAAACCAGAGCUGUUGUUUGAUCUACACCUGGAAAAAUAUAAACUCUCCAGUGUACAACACCGGUCGCCUGCCACAGACCGUGGAAUGUAUAACAACCCAAUGCCCAAUUCACACAUACGAAAGAGAUAUCAGAGCCAUACACUCUAUUGCUCCUGACUCAAUUAUUGGGUUUAAGCCCCUAAAUGUUGCUAAAUAUCCAAUCACUAUUGGAAAUAGAAACCAUCACACCAGUUCUGACUCCCACCCUGUACCCAUCUUAUCUUUGUAACCUCACCAAGUUAAUUCACCUCUCUUGUCACAUUAAUGAUUUUAAUAUACAUUACUUUCAUUUCCUUCUGGGGAUUUUAUUUAAAUUUAUUAGCGUAACCUUCUAUAACCAACAUCUUCAAAACUUCAUGGAAUGGACUUGUCCAUUUCAAGCACAGUGCACCGAACCUAUGAUGGCAGUCUCUGUGUUAGUGAUGCAAUUGCAAACACAAAAGGUUUGAAGAUUGUCUGUGCAUGUGAAUCCAGGUUAGAUCUAUUUGUGUCAGUGAAAGAAAAGGGAUGUACAGAUAAAUAAAAGAAAAAUAAAUGUCCUCUGAUACACCAUAGGUGGUAGAUGGUAAUAGUUGAAUGUUGCAAAAGAUACUCCAUUAUUAAACCCAUUGGAAGCAGUUUGAGGUCAGUAAGAAUUAUACUUUGCUCAACUGGAUUAGUUUUGUGGGAAGAAAGGCUAUUUUCAAAACCAUUGGCCCUUGCUUUUAUAUUUCUAUUGGAUAAAUUUGGAUCUUUGUUUUUCAGUGGUUGCAUCAAACUGCUGUCCAUAUUCUUUUCAUAUCCUUGUAUCUAAAUUUUGGAAAUUGGCAGCAUUUUAUUUUCUAAUGUUCAAAGAAUUUUUAAUCUGCAGUAUUAAGUGGUUUUGCCUUGGAUCAACACAAUAAAGAUAAAAUACUUUUUAAAUCUUGCCAAAUGGAAAAUUUCAGUUUUACAGGAUGACUGAUAUUGUAUUGCCUGAGAACAAUGUAGAGUAGUUGGAAUGAUUAUAACAAAGUACUUUCAAGCACUCUUUUUUUUGAAUUCCAGGAUCUAGCUCCUUGCAUUUACGCUAUUAAAUCAAUUUUUAAUUGCCAUUUACAGACUUAUGAGCCCACUUUAUCCCAAGUCUGAAGAUCCGACAUCAUCUGAAAGACUAGUGGAUUUUAACAGCAUGUCCACCCUGGUACCAAAAAUGCCACUUUGGACAUGUAACCCUGUGACCUGCAGUAUUAUACAAAUGAAACUACAGUUUGAUUUGACCAUUAGAACUCUUUUGCAUCCAUAAAAAUCACCUUUUUUGUGAAACAGUAAGCAAUCUGUUUGAUACAAUUCUUUACUGAACGGUGUUGAUGUAGACCAUGAUUUAUUUCUGGUGAUUUGCAAGUGAUAUAGUUUAUUAUCAUUUUUGAGGCCAAAAUCUCCUUGUAUUUUCUGAUUUUUAACUAUGCGAAUAUUAGUUUAGCUCCUCUCGUAUGUAGUUACUAGGAUCACUUAUUUUCAGUAGAGUAUUUCCUCUAUUUACCUACAUUUCUAAUGGCACCUUUAAUGGUAAACUUCAGCACCUAUCUGUCUUUCAUUCCAAAGUUGAAUCAGAAGCGCCCUCAUGUAAUGCAGUUGUGCAAUAAACCUAAACUAAAGCUUAGUGACAUACUGAAAAUAUUCAUUAUGGUGUCACCAACAUCUUCAGUCAUUUUGAGUCUUUAGUUAGUCUGCAUUGUUUUAAUGGUAAAGUUACUGAUUUAAAUUUUAAUUUUACUUUGAAUAGAAGGAGCCGGUUAACCAUUUGAUGGAAACCAUAUACAAAAUAUAUAAAUUCAAAUUGUCAGUGCUUUUGACAUUUAUAAUUCUGCCUAAGUCACCCACCAACUUUUCUGCUUUUUUUCCUCCAAAUGGACCUCCGAUUCAUAACAAGCGAAAAGUGCCUUCCAAUUAUUUUUACUGUAUUCGGUAUUCCUUCUAGAUCCAUUCUAUUAACAUCACCUUUCCUUAUCCGACUUAAGUUUUAAAAUACUGCCUUGGAUGCAAGUUAGUCAGAUCUCCACAAAGCCAUUGUGGCUUUGUCAUCAUAAGUUCCUCAAGGGAUAUGAAAAACUUCGCAUCCUUUCAGAGCUUAAUGAAGAUAUUGUUUCCUUCAUGUUAAAAGAAAAGCAUCAAGUUUCCUCUCUAUUUCUAUGAGCUGAAUCAAUGGAAAAUGUAGAAAUGCAUGCUGCUUUCAUAAAACAUUUUACAGCCUCCUAUUUUAAAUUGAGAAAAAUGUUCCCAUUUCUUAGAUAGCUAUAAUAACUGAUUUCUAAGACUACCCACCAGUGGUUGUUCUCAACACUGAAUUAAGAAGCAAUCAUUUAUUGCAGCAGCAAAUAUUUCAUGGGGGCUUUCCCAUCCCUUUUUGGGCUUCCUUCUUGUUUUGUCAACCUUAGAAAGUGAAUAACUGAAAUCCCCCGUCAUCAUCCCACUGAGUUGGCUGCAAAGCUGUAGAUCGAUUUCUCGUUUCUUUGCAGCAUAGGAAGCACUUUGAUAUUUAUGCAAAUUACAGUUGAAGCUGGAGUAUUUUCCAUGUUAUUUCUGGCACUUUGUGAUAUCCUGUCACCAUCACUGUUACUACUUUCCUGACAAGGAUCGUCCUUCCACCUCAUUCCACUAACUUGCAUAUUCUUAGCAUUUCUAAGCAACAUAAUUUGAGAAACAAACCCAACAGAAAAUUCAAACUCAUGACUGAGGAUCAAGUUUAUCACUUGAGUUAAAGAAUACACUUGCAACUAUUUUAAUCUUAGAGGUUUUCUUAAAAAAAAAAAUCACUUGAUUUUUUUUAAAUACUAGCCAAAUUCUUUGGGAGAUGUCAUUUAUUAAGUUGUAAAGUAUAGACUUAAAUAUCUUAUGGCAAUUUUAUUUAUUAUACAAGUCCACUCUUCCUUUUCAUUUGAAUUAUGCUGCAAGUCAUUUUUGAAUUUGAAUGGUUCAAUAUUGCUUAAAUUAGAAAAUUGUAAAUAAAAUUAAAGUUGUUAUCUUUAACCAUAUAUUUUCUCAUGAUUUCAGACUUGUUCUUACUAGAUAAGUUGACUCUAAUUAAUGAUCUGUAAAUUGACACCUGAAUGAAGAGGACUGGCUAUCAGCUAUGCUAAGAACGUGGCUGAACCUCUGUUUUCAUGCCUUAAACAGAUAUGUUAUCUCAUUUUGUUUAAGUAGAGAGAGAAAAGGUGUUUGCUGAGUUAUAUUUUACAUGGGUGAAAAAUUUGAUGUACAAGUCCAGCUUUAAAUGCCUCACAUUGAAGGAAAAGUAUGAAGUUUCAGAAGUUUGCGUACAAACUAUAACUAUCAAAAGCCUUAUUUAUGCCCAUGAUGAAGAAAAUCUUAAUUGCCAUGCUAAUAAUAAUUGUGCCAUAGAAUUUAAAAGCUGCACCUUUUAAGAAAUUUGAAGAUCUAUCAUCCAUGGUCAAAAACCAACAACAAGAUUGUUGGAAAGUGGACAAUAAAUCCUAGCUUGAAUGCAGUACAUAUUAGACAUUUGUGUUUUCACCUCUAGAAUCUAGGUUUCAGUCUAGUUCAGGGUGGUGUGAUGUCUCUCUGCAGAUUUAAGAAUUGUGAAAUUUCAGUUUAAUUCAAGAUGGAUGUGAAUCUGAAGUUCAACAUUGUUGCCUAACAUAUUCCAAGAUUGUAAAGAUGACUGAAAUUUUAAAACUCAUACUGGCAUAUUUAGUGGUUAAGAUAUAUUAGGGCACUAUAUUUGCCAUGCCCAACCUUGGACAUACUUGUUUGGAACACCUGUUCCAAUAAAUAGAAUACUGUCUUUUCCAAUAUGGAUAUUCCUCUUUGAUUGUCCAAAAUAGUUCAAAAAGUAAAACCUGUACACAAGAUAAGUAACUCUAGAACUUGAGUCUGUUUAUAUUUAUACAUGAGGACUGCUUGCUAAUCAGAACUUAUAGCCAUGACACAACAUGCUGCACAGAGGUGAUGUUUAUUUUAUGCCUCAGAAUUUACAUACAUAUUUACUAUUUCAUGUUUUAGAUGAAAUCUCACAAGCUAGUAGUAAGAAAGAAAGCAUUUUGUUAGGCACUGGUCUUUAUCAGUAUGGUAUGGAGUAGGAAGCCUGAGUUGUUGUAUAUUCAUUUAACCUGUCAAUAUUGUCUUUCUACCUUGGACCUAUUUUCUUCCUUUGAUUUAAUCCAUGUGAAAAAAAUUAAGUUCUGCUUUACAGACCAGUUUCUAUUUGCCUUUAGAAGCUAAAGAUCAGUACUACUAUUUGCAAUUAAUUUUAUAUCAAACUACUUGCCAACACAACAAAUUGUUAGACAGCAAAUAAUUUUGUAUGUUUUUGUCUUUAUUUCACUAAUUUCACUUUGUGAAAAAGAAAAUGCUGAAAUUGUUCAAUGCUGUGAAUGUGUUCAGUAUUGUGGUUCCAGUUACUCUGCAUUUUAGUAAUAAACUCAUUGCAUUUUA